AUGACCGAUAACGACAACAACUCUUCAGCUCCCACGGCCGGGGUUGACCUUCCCAGACUGCCCACCUCACUGCAAGAGGUCAUCGUACAUUCUCUCCCGCAGACUGCUUUUUACAUUUCAGAAUUUCUCACUGAGGAGGAAGAAAGGCAGAUCCUGUCCAAGAUUCAUGCGGCUCCCAAACCAAGAUGGAAACAACUUACACACCGCAGGCUUCAAACCUGGCCCUCAGAUUUAGUCAACAAUACUCUCUUAGAUGCACCUCUACCGGCAUGGAUUGAAGAGCCUAUUGUGUCUAGACUGGUAGCCAUUCCCCUUGCGAACACGAGCGAGGAAUCCAUAUUCUCCGAUAGUCCACACCGCAGGCCGAACCAUGUCCUCAUCAACGAAUACCCUCCAGGCAUAGGCAUCAUGCCGCACAAGGACGGACCAGCGUAUCACCCGAUAGUUUGCACCGUCAGUCUUGGGGGCAGCCUUUGUCUCAACAUACAUAAAAGCAAGGAUGACGGAACUCUAGAGACUGAGCCCUCGUGGCGAGUGCUGCAAGAGCCAAGAAGCCUUUUGAUCACCACUCAGGACCUUUAUACAAACUAUCUCCAUGGUAUCGCUGAGGUAAAUGCAGAUGAAGGACUCUCCGAAACAACCGUUGCAAACUGGAACCUGUUGCGAUCCAAGGAACUGUUUGUUGGCGGGCGCAGCGAACGCACAUUACGGACGAGCCUUACGUACCGAGAUGUCAUCAAGGUUUCCAAGCUAGGCAACAAGCUUGGUGCUUUCCUCAAACGUUAA